UUCAAGAUAGCCCAGCUCCAUAUUUUGUGUCAUAAAGCCCGUCGAGCCCAAAACCCAACCUGCAAAGUUCCAAACUUUUCCACCUUCUCCGUCUCUGCUUUCAUCGUCGGAGCCGUCGGAGCAAGUUCGUUGUUUAAUAAGCAGCCUCACAACAUUUCAAAGAAUCCAAGUCUGUUAAUAAUUAAAUCGUGAUUCUGUCCAUUAUCCAAAUUUGGUUACAGUGUCACAGAUUGGUAGUAUGCAUGUUUUUAUUCAGACGCAGAGCGUUUUUGAGAAUGAAUAUUCAUGGCCUCCAUAGCAAUUUUUGCGCUGCUCAUUCACCUCUGCUACCAGUUCAACUUCCAUCUCGAAUAAAUGAUGGGUUUUGUAGGGAAAGUCAUUUGUGGUAUGUUUUACCUGAGGAGGUGAAGAGUGAAAGCCUUUUGAAUUGGUACUCUGAGCUUUUGUCGCCGUCUGAGAAAGACAAUGUUUUGGGUAUGCGUGGAGAGGAGCUCAAGAAAAGAGCCUUGCUUGCCCGGGCAUUGGUUCGGACUACCAUUUCUAGAUAUACAAACCAUCGAGUAGAUCCAAGAUCCUUAAAGUUUAAAAAGAACAAUCAUGGGAAGCCUGAGGUAGAGUGGCAAAUUGCAGAUGACUGGCAGCCACCACCAUUGCAUUUCAACAUCUCACACACGUCUUCCUUGAUAGCUUGUGGAGUAACUGUGGAUUCACCAAUUGGUAUGGAUGUGGAAGAUAAGCAACGGAAGUUGAAGAACCAUAUCUUAGCUUUUGCUCGACGGUACUUUUCUUCUCAUGAAGUGGAACAUUUAACUUCUAUUUCGGACAUUGAAAUUCAGCGUCAACAGUUUAUAAAAUUAUGGACUCUCAAGGAGGCAUAUGUGAAAGCACUGGGGAAGGGCUUCUCUUCUGCACCGUUUAAGACCUUUACCAUUCGAGUGAGGGAUGCAGCUAAGAGAGGCCGUCAUCUUUCUGGGGACAUAGAGUCUGAGAUAUCUGAAAUAAGUGUUGAAUCUCUUGGUCCCAUGAGCCUCACAACCAAUUGGCAAUUUUCGCUUCUAGAGUUGGCUGGCUCUCAUUAUGCUGCCAUUUGCAUGGAAAAACGUAAAGCCGUCGGAGAGAAAGGAAAUGCUCCCAUGAAAUUGACAGUGUGGAGAACGAUUCCAUUUGUUGAAGAUGAAUGUGUUACAGGAACUGAUGCGGUUUUACCAAUAGGCGGAUUGAAUUGUUAGUAGUUUUUAUAAGUAAUUCUAUUAUUCAAUUGGAACUUAUGUCCGAAACUGAAAAUUCCAAUCAUGUCAUAUUUAAGCCAUUGAAAGGCAAAAUUCUUUCUCUGAACAGUGCCCCCAUGGCCCUUCUUCAUUGUUUGUGACUUUGUAUGUUGGAAACCAAUAUAUUUUUUUUUUAAGAAAUAUAAAUAAUUUACUUUAUUUUUAA